UGACUCUGUCCCCUGCACACAACUGCUGGAGUUGGGUUCCACUGAUUCAUGCAUUAAAGAUAAAGCAGUGGAAGGGGAAUGUAGCCGAGCCCCGCACUAACUAAUGUAUCAGCAGCUCUCUCUCUCCCUCAGAGCAGGACAGGCUGUCGACAAAGUGAAAUGUUAUAACUAACAAAGGUCCAGGCUGCUGUGUUUGUACUUUGCAUCACUGAUGCUCUGGAGGGAGCAUCUGUCCCAGGAAUGGCCAGAAGAGCUGCAGCACUGGUCCUUGAUGGGUGAGUGGCCGUCGCACGCUGGCACCUGCUCGGCAUCAUGGAGCUUCCUCGACGCUUGAACUGGACACGGAAUCGACCCUGGAGGCCUCAUGUCUACCACAGGGAGUUCACUCGAGUGUCGCCCUGCAUUCCGGAGAUCAUGGCGGCUGGCACCCACUCCCCCGGAGGGCCCAAUGGCAUAAUCCGGAGUCAGUCAUUCGCUGGCUUCAGCACGCUACAAGAACGGCGCUCUCGGUGUAACUCCUUCAUGGGGAACGCGGUGCAGAAAAAGCCUCAGUCCAAGCCCAAGAAGCCGAACCUGUCGGGGCAUAAGGGAGGCAGCAGCUCCAGAGAGCCUCAGCCUAAACGACUGGAGGAAGUUUACACUGCACUCAAACAAGGCCUGGAUGAGUAUCUGGAAGUUCAUCAAACAGAGCUGGACAAACUCAUGUCUCUGAUGAAGGAUAUGAAGAGGAACUCUCGCCUGGGAGUGCUGUACGAUCUUGACAAGCAAAUCAAAACCAUCGAGAGGUACAUGAGACGUCUGGAGUUUCACAUGAGCAAGGUGGACGAGCUGUACGAGGCCUUCUGCAUCCAGAGCCGUCUGCGAGAAGGUGCCAGCCGCAUGAAGCAGGCCUUCUCCUCCUCUCCCUCCACUAAAGGCACCAAGGAGAGCAUCGCGGAGGUCAACCGUCGAUACAAGGAAUACACUGAGAACAUGAGCACAUUUGAGAGCGAACUGGAAAACCUGCUCGGAGAGUUUCAUAUCAAAAUGAAAGGAUUGGCAGGCUUUGCUAGACUCUGUCCUGGAGACCAGUAUGAGAUCUUCAUGCGGUACGGUCGUCAGAGGUGGAAGCUGAAGGGCAGGAUCGAAGUGAACUCCAGACAGAGUUGGGACGGAGACGAGAUGGUCUUCAUGCCUCUCAUCACGGACCUUAUCAACAUCAAGGUGACGGAGCUGAAGGGCCUGGCCACUCACAUGCUGGUGGGCAGCGUGAUCUGUGAGACCAAGGAGCUGUUUACUGCCAUGCCUCAAGUGGUGGCUGUGGACGUCAAUGACCUGGGGACAAUUAAACUCAACCUGGAGGUCAUGUGGUACCCCUUCGAUGUGGAGGACCUGACCCUGUCGUCUGGAAACCUGAGCAAAGCCACAGCUCUCCAGAGACGAGUGUCAAUCUACAGCCAGGGAACACCAGAGACCCCCACCUUCCAGGACACCUCCUUCUUUUGGCGGCCAAAACCCGUGGAGCGCCAGCGCCUCUCCUUCCUGCACAUGCUGCGAGACACCCUGCUAGAGAAACUAAGGCGCAGUCGCUCGUUUGGUGACCUGGCCUCACUUCGGCCAAGGCCUAAGUCCAGUCUGGAGGUCUAUUCCACUUUACCAGAUGAUAUCUUUGAAAAUGGCAGCUGCGGCGUGGCUGAAUGCAAGCGUCUCUCCUUCACCUUCUCCGACACCUCUGGCUCCAUGUCCAGCCCCAGCCCCGCCCCAAGCUCCCACUCCCAUGCCCAGUCCAACCCAGAGAUCACCGUCACUCCUCCAGAGACAGAAACAUCAUCUGCACAAAUCCUCCCAACCAGAGAGGACUCUAUCGCAGAGGAGCAUUUGGUGGAGGAAGAGGAGGAGGAUGAGUAUGACGAGGAGAUGGGCAGUAGAGGAAGUAGGGGCACAAGCCCCAGCCUCGCCAGUGAUGAAGCUGAGGUGGCUGAGGACUCGGAGUGGGAGCAAACGGAGUCUCAGAGAAAUUCUGGCUCCAACUGUGGUUCUGCCGCUCCAUCUUUGUGCUCUGAGAGUCACUUAUCUACGGUGGCUCCAGAGGAUGUUUUUCUGGACCACGCUGAUGAACUGAAACCUGUGGAGCUGGACACAGAGGAGGCGGGCAGCCUGACCAAGCAGCUCGUGAAGAGACUGACAUCUUCUGAAAUAGUGUCACCCAGCGGGAGCUCCACUGAGGGUGGAGGGAGCCUGAGCUGGGCAGGAGAGGGGAGCAGAGCUUUUCUGGAAAGCAGCCUGGAGGAGGCCAUUCACAGUCUGCUCAUGAGGCUGGAGUCAUUGACUCACCGCUGCCGAGAGCUGCAGGACCUGGAACAGGAAGUGAUGCGUCUGGAGGACCUGUUAAAGUGUCGACUUCCAGGCCACAGAAGCAGAUCUUCCAGCCUCAGUCUGACAGUGGAGAGUGCACUGGAGAGCUUCGACUUCCUCAACACGUCUGACUUCGAUGACGAAGAUACUGGAGACGAUAACGCCGUCCUCGGCAGCAUUCCACCACAGAGGUCUCCGCUUUUUGAUGUAGACGGAGAGAGGAUUGGGGUCCAGCAUCCAGAAGCUAGAGGACACCUGAGCGAAGCCCUGACAGAAGACACCGGUGUAGGCAACAGCGUGGCUGGAAGCCCCCUGCCACUAACAACUGGAAACGAGAACCUGGACGUGGCCAUCGUCAUCCACCUGCAGUACUGUAAUCACCUCAUACAGCUGUUGACGAACGGGCCAAGUGUGUGGCAGCGUUGCAGUGUGCUCCUCAAACUCUCCACACAGACUCAGCUGUUAGAGGAGUUAGCAGAGAUCAGUGUGGACAGACUGGGAACUAUCACAUCUGCUACUGAUGUUCUCCCGGGCCUCGCCGAGCGCCCACAGCUGAUGACUCUGUGGUCAGAGUGCAGCGGGUCUGCAGGACUUUUCCACACCACACUGGACAGAGUGUUCAAACACAUGCAUCGGCGCUACACGGCAGUGCUGCAGGAGAGGCAGCCACACAGCGCUGACACAGUGAUUGGUGUUGUAGUGGGUGAGAUGGUCGACAGGAGCGACCUGGUGAUGUCACACAGUCCCCCCGCCUCGGCACUGUCCCAGGAUGUCCUCACUGUGUUUCAGUUCCACAGCUAUAUCAUACAACAUGAGGUUCAGGACAUGGAGACACACCUGCUGCACCUGGCCAGAGAGGAGGUGUUUGCAGAGACUCUGCAGAGUGGGGAUUGUUCUCGGUGUUUAGUGGAAAUGGAGGUGGUGCCUUUGUCAUCACUGUGGCCUAAAAACAGCACUCUCAGGGCGCUGGCCUCCCUGCUCACUGCAGCCAACCCUCAGGUCAACAAGGCCGCGGCCGAUUACCUCUCUUCGGGAGCAUCACGCAGCCACUUCAGGAGCAGGGCUGUGGAGUGCUACACACAGGCACUAUCAGAGGCUGGAGGUCUGAGCCAGAGGGCAGCGUGUUCAGCUCUCAGCUGUCUGCAGGCUGUGGAGAGCAUCAGGGCGGUGGUGGCGCUGUGUGAUGCGGCUGAUGAGGAGCUUCGCCAUGUCGCCAUAGAAACGCUGCUCACAUUUGGUGAGGAGGGCCGACUGGCGUACGAGCAGCUGGACAGAGUACCGGGGGAGAUGGUCCGUCUGGGCACGCGGCGAGGAAACGCCGUCACCACGGCCUUCUGAGCUUUCUGUGUCGCAGAGAAGAUAAUGUACUACACCUGAGCCUGUGACCUCUGAGGACAACACUGCCGCACUGCACGUCUCACAGGGCUCUUGGUUACUGAUCACUUUACUGAUCUGCUCAUUGGAACAGACCUAAAAUAUCUCAACCCUCCACUGCCUCCUGUAAAGGAACUAACCGCAAACAAACUGUCUUAACCACCGAAACACAACCUGUACCCCCUCCUGUAUGCACACUCACACACAGACGCACCUUGGUCCACUUUCACACACACCCACCCACCCUUCCUCCCCCUGCUUUCUGAGCCACACACUGGUCACACUGAGUUUUAACUUUGACUGGACACGAAGCCACUUAAAGCUGCAAAAGACUGGAGAACAGGCGACGCAUCCUCACCCUUCACACAAACUCUCACUUCACCGAUGACCUUCCAUGUGCGUCCUCACUGUGUGCUAAUUAUGUUUAAGUUGGUGGUGUUGGUGUUGGGAAAUGUUUUUGGCGCUUUCAUAAGAUUUGCACUCGUGUAAAAACAAAUGCAUGUAAAUAGGGCAUAUUUUACACAGCCGGUGUUGUAUGUACGGUUUUACUCAAAAUGUAUUUUUAAGUUUUGAUUUCAGGUACGUUCCAUUUUGAGUUUCAGGGAUUCUUGUAUGGUUGAAAGUGUGCUGUGUGGCUGUGGAGUUUGGCUUGUGGUAACGUGGUGAAAGAGCACUUUGCAGUUUUGAACAGAGUUACGUAGACCUCAGUUGUGUUAUCAGCAGAAAAGGAGUCAAAAGCAGCUCAGAGGGUGAAUUUUGAGCUCUGAGCGCUCUCAUAUUUGCAGCUGAACAAGUGCAAUUUUUUUCUGUACAUAGCUGACAUGAGAAGACAAGUCAGCCUUUUGACCAUUUGAGCCUUGAUGUAGUCGAGCAGGCUGGUUCCACAUUACUCUAUUUUGUAAAUGUAAUUUUCCUACCAGGUAAGGAGCCAGUCGAGGGCAAUAAAUUCAGUUUAAGAGCAUGUGACUGUACAGAGAGACGCGGCCUCUUGGACAGAGUUGGCUGUAGGUUGUAGCCUUAGUCGUGGCUAUCUGCACAUGUAUUCAGUAUGUGAGUAGGAAUUCCACUUUUUCUGUGAGAAAGUGCAGAAUGAAGUGUUGUGUUUGGUACGUCGUGGGUCGUCUUUGUUUCCCCUGCCUCCUAACUGGAAAUGUGGGAACUCUUGACGUGACUCAAACUUUUGUCAUUGUAACUGUACUACUGAGUCCAGUGAGGCGGUAAAAACCCACAUUUGCGCUCACCUAUUUAUUAUUUACUCCUUGUGAUUCUAAUAUGCUUUUCUGUUCUCGAACAGUUGACAUUGUUUUGUAAAUAUGUUUGACGUUUGUCCAGGAUUUGAAAUAGUUACGUUUAAAAAAAGGCCUCCGUGUCAUUACCAUGCAACUGAUCUCAUGCUUAACUUAAAUUUGAAUAUUAUUUUGAAACAAAUUGUAUUAUAUUAAUAAUUAUUAUUUUUGAGAAGAUUUAGAUUUGCUCAUAAUCUAAUAGUGUUAUACAUUUAUUUUCCAAUGAAAGGUCCCAAAAGCAAUGGGACAAAAUAUUUAGGAAGGUUUUCUUAAUUAGAUUAAAUGUAACCAAAGGAAGAAUUGAUUUUAAAAUUGUCAUAAAUAAUUCAUCUCGGAGAAUGUAUUUUCAAUACAACACUGCCAUUUUGGCGAGAAUGCUGAGACAUAAAUCUUAAGAAGCACAAGAAUCCACAAAUCCAGCUACAUUUGGCUCUAAUUGCACAGCUCUAAAGCCAUAUUAAUUAAAAACAAGUGGUAAUAUUUCUAUGAAAUGUAUUUUUUUCUUUUGUAUUAUCUGUAAAUGUGUGAAGUUGUUACUAAAAGCUGAUUUUGUUUUUCUAUACAUUUUACAAAAUGCAGUCCAUGUUUUGAGUACAGUUGCAGUAUUUUGGUCUCGUAUCAAAUU